GCGCAGCUCAGCCGCCGCUGGACGCCUCCUCGAGCGGAGGGUUGUGUUGUUACGGCGCUGUUUUAUGUGAGAUCGCAGUAGUGCUGCUCCGUGUGCCCGGCCGUCCCGCCGGCGCUGCGGGAUGCACCUCACGCACCCGCUGGAGCUGUUCCCCGAGCGCUGCGUCACGCUGCUCCUUUUCAACCGCGUGCGGAACGCCGCUGUCCUGCGGAGGAAGGCCGUGGAGGGAUCCAUCGAAGGAGCGCUGAUAAACCCUGCCAUGAUCGUAGAUCCUUUUCAAGUUCUUGUGGCAGCCAACAAAGCGGUUCAUCUACACAAGAUAGGUAAAAUGAAGACCAGAACUCUCAAUGCAGAAAUUAUCUUCAACCUUUCACCAAACAACAAUAUUUCAGAUGCAUUUAAAAAGUUUGGCAUUUCAGACAGUGACACAGCAGUACUUAUUGUUCUGGUUGUAGACAGAGAAAAAAUGGUAAAUCUGGAAGAUAUAGCAUCUCAAGUAGAAGGCCAACAGGUUUCUCUAGAUGAGCUUCCCCAGCUAACAGACAUUGCCAAAGUUAAAAAGAUAUACAAGAUCACUCCUCAGGAAGAAAAAAUUGGCACUUUGUUAGAUGGCAUUGUUUGCAGGAUCUCAACAAAAGAUGUUUAAUGAAAAAUGUGGAAAUAAAUAUUUUUUUGAAGUAAAAUGAGGUCUUUUUAAGAUAUAAAAACACUGCAUUUUAUCCUGCAUCUCAAAGAAGUCGUGUGGUAAUGAGUUGUUUGGUGACAUUUGAACUUCAACCAGAAAUGGGGGAGCUUUGGUGUAGCUUUAUUCUAAGCUGUAUUCUAAGCACAGAGAGCAGUUUGGCACUAAGCAGAAUUUGCUAUAGCCAUUUCAGUCCAUUUUCCAAACAAGAAGAAUGAAGUUUUGCCAGCUCAUUAAGCUGAUCGUAAACAGAAGGCUUAGAAAUCUGUAUUUCCUCUUUCAGCAAAUAUUUUAUUAUCACCAAGUAACAGAAUUACAAAAAUUGUAAAUAAUUCUGUUAUUAACCCUACCUUUGAUUUGGGACUCCAGUAGACAAUAUCAGUUGAAUAAUUCUACUGCUAGAUUUUUCUCUCUCUGUGGUAUGAAGUAUUGUGGAUGGGUGAGAAAAAAGGAGUUUUCAUGAACUAUCUGUAGCACCUCCAUCUAGAGAAAGGAAUGGGAUGGUACACCAUGGCACCUGCUGAUGGGUGCAGUGUAGAAAUGCAGCUUCAGAGAUGUGCAGAACAGUGAAUAAGAUCAGCAUGAGUGGUGUUAUCACCUGACAACACCUGAAGUCAUCAGAUGCAAUAUAGUGCUGAGGUACCAAUGUACUGCCACGUUAUUUUAGAAUUGGAGGUAAAGUAUAAUGAGAGGUUAUUUUAUUGCAUAACACUGAAUUAUGUACAGUGAUGCAGAUUUUUUUAGGGCUUGGUUCCAGGUGCAGAAUUCACAGAAAAAGCUGGAGAGUGGGUUUACUCACUUUAAAUUUGAGAUGUAAUUCACAUAGCACUCUGAAAGCAGCAUUGAACGAAUUGCUUUGCUGAACCAGAGGGAGUACCAGGGUAAUGAGAAGGUUUGUCGUAAGAUUCAAGAGAGGUGUCUGUGCUGAUUCUUGAUCUGAAGAUGGUUUUACAGGAUGUGUUAUUCUCUUGAAAGGAAAAUGUGAGGAAGUAGUAAGAGAUGGAGCUUGGAGGGCCUUGAGUCUUUUGAAAUAAAAUGUGUAACACCUGCCUGAGAGGAUGGCUAUAAAAUAAAAGUGUUUUCAUUUUCUAA